GAAGCCGGGACAGCUUCUCCUGUCUGGGGGUGAUGACAGCAGACAAGCUGCUCCUGAAUGUGCGGCUGGACUUUGUGGAGCGUGCGAGCAAGCCACUCAUCUCCGGACUGCUCGAUGAGCUGAUGGCCCGAGGGGUGCUGAACCAAGAGGAAGUGGAAGAGGUGCAGGAUAGGUACACGCUGCGCACAGACAAGGCCCGCUGCCUCAUCGACUGCGUGCGCCUGAAGGGGCCCCGUGCAAGCCAGAUCUUCAUCGACAGCCUCCAGAAGCGCGAUGGCAUCUUGGCAGAGCAGCUGGGCCUGGCCACUGAUGUGGGGCCCUCAGGUGUGCAGCUGGCUUUCACCAGCCCCCUCAUUGCCAUCCAAGGCCAGCAGUGGAUCCGGCAGUGUUCCCUAAGCGAGUACCAGCACAUCAGGGCCACAGAGGGAGACCAGAUCUAUCCUCUCUAUCUGCCGCGGGAGUUGCGAACCCGCAGGGCCCUGCUCAUCUGCAACAUUGACUUCGAACACCUGAGCCGGCGGGUUGGGGCUGAAGUGGAUGUGCAGGGGAUGAGAGAGCUGCUUGAAGGACUGGGCUACGUGGUGGACAUCCACCUCAACUUAUCUUCCGAGGAGAUGGCUACAACCAUGACUGAUUUUGCAGAUCGCAAAGAGCACCACACCUCUGACAGCACCUUCCUGGUCUUCAUGUCCCAUGGGGUCAGGGCUGGGAUCUGUGGGACCAAGAGCAGAGACGAGGCCACAGACAUCCUCUCCCUCAAUACCAUCUAUGAGAAGUUCAACAACCAGCACUGCCAGGCGCUGCUGGGCAAACCCAAAGUGGUCAUCAUCCAGUCCUGCCGUGGAGGCAAGGUGGGCUCUGUGCUUGUGAGUGAUGCUGCAGACCUCUCCGUGCCUGCCUCCAGCUCUGCUCACACCACCUGUGCAGCACUGGAGGAUGAUGCCAUCUUUGAAGUCCACCUGGAGAGUGAUUUUGCCACUUUACAUUCCUCCACACCUGAUACUGUAUCCUGGAGAUCAGUAACAGGAUGCAUUUUCAUCCAGCACCUGAUAGAGCAGUUUCGAAACCAUGCCUAUAACAGCGACUUGGAGGAGCUAUUCCGAAAGGUCCAAUAUUCCUUUGGAAAAUUCCCCCGGCAGUUGCCAUCGAAAGAGCGAACUACAAUGCUCAGGAAGUUUUACCUCUUCCCAGGCCACUGAUCUCCUGACUAUGGUGAAAAAUCAAUACACGGACAGCAAGUGUUUGAAUUUGGAGGUAACAGCAGAGAGCUCAAGGCUCUGCUCCAGAGAGGCACUUCUUCAGAAAAGGAAGGACCAGAGGGAAAGCCCAGAAAGAGGAAAUCUCUAAACCAGCUACUUGUGCCCCUUUGCUAGGCAAUUGCAAACAGACCUGGAAUAAAACAGUCCUUGGUGUGCUAUC